UGGAAAUCUCUUAGAAGAAUUUGAAAUCUUGCUCGGAUUCUGGUGUCGCACGGACCGGGAGAAGGACCGGGAAGAGGAGGGGAGGUGUGCGGCUCUCGCUGACUGGCGGCAGGACUAGAGAUUUGCCACUUUUCGGGAAGCCCGAAGGUUUGUUUGUUACCAAACUGUUGUUUCUCCCCUUUUCCUCUUCUGGGUUACGCUAAAUCCCUCAGCAUUAUUAAAGAAAACCGAAGCGUUGCCCACGUGUAGCUGGUGGCUUGCUUUUUUUUAAGGUAGUUUUCAUCGAGAAACUGACAAAGCUUCCUCCCUUCACCCGGAGGCUUUUGAGGUUUGAAACUGAAAUGGAGCUACUUUUCUCCCAAACACUACAUGUUGUAUGAGGGGAGCCAGGACGAAAACAUCGUGUUUGCUGAUUUCGAUACGACUCCCCGACACUCAGCACCUACGAGGGAUGCUUCACGGAGCUUCAUGUCGAAAAGAUUUGGAGUGUGCUCAGAGACUUCGUCGUGUCCAGCAGCUUAAUUGUUGACUUUUUUUUUUUAAGUGGAUUCGUAGCAUACUUUUAUGAAUUAAAUUUUGCCACCAUUUGUACAGAAGCCAAAUGACACGUGUGUUUUGAAACACGGUUCUAAAUAUAUCCAUCCCUCAACCCGGAUUCUCGCUAGAAAGAGCCGGAGGGAGAUCGUCAGUGUGUAAACAGAUCUGAUUUUACUGUUUUAUGAACACUAUCUGCUGCAGAAAUGUUGCUAUAGAUUGCUUUAUAACGGUUCAGCAAGAAGGGAGAUUUUCCAGCUUGCAGGACCCAGGAAACUGGAUACUUAAAGUCACUUAAAUGUUUUAACAGCAUUGGAAAAUGGGAGCUGCUACUAAGUUGGCGUUCGCUGUUUUUCUUAUCUCUUGUUCUUCAGGUGCCAUACUCGGCAGAUCAGAAACACAAGAGUGUAUCUACUACAACGCUAAUUGGGAAAAAGAUAAAACAAAUCGCAGUGGUAUUGAACCUUGUUAUGGUGAUAAAGAUAAAAGACGACAUUGUUUUGCUACAUGGAAGAAUAUUUCUGGAUCAAUUGAAAUUGUAAAGCAAGGGUGCUGGCUAGAUGACAUCAAUUGUUAUGACAGGAAUGAUUGCAUAGAGAAGAAAGACAGCCCUGAAGUGUUUUUCUGUUGUUGUGAAGGCAACAUGUGUAAUGAACGCUUUUUCUAUUUUCCAGAAAUGGAGGUCACGCAACCAACUUCCAACCCUGUUACACCUAAGCCACCUCUGUUCAAUACCUUGCUUUAUUCAUUGGUGCCUAUAAUGGGAAUUGCAGUUAUUGUGCUCUUUUCAUUUUGGAUGUACAGACAUCACAAGCUAGCGUAUCCUCCAGUACUUGUUCCAACCCAAGAUCCUGGACCACCACCACCUUCACCGUUGAUGGGUUUGAAGCCAUUACAGUUACUAGAGAUCAAAGCUAGAGGAAGAUUUGGUUGUGUAUGGAAAGCUCAACUGCUAAAUGAGUAUGUUGCGGUCAAAAUAUUCCCUAUUCAGGACAAACAGUCAUGGCAGAAUGAAUAUGAAAUUUACAGUUUACCUGGAAUGAAGCAUGACAAUAUCUUGCAGUUCAUUGGUGCAGAGAAACGAGGCACUAGCAUUGAUGUCGAUCUCUGGUUAAUUACAGCAUUUCAUGAAAAGGGUUCAUUAACAGACUUUCUCAAGGCUAACGUGGUUUCUUGGAAUGAGCUAUGUCACAUCGCUCAAACUAUGGCUAGAGGCUUGGCUUAUCUUCACGAGGAUAUACCAGGGCUAAAAGAUGGACAUAAACCUGCCAUCUCACAUAGGGACAUCAAAAGCAAGAAUGUGCUGCUGAAAAAUAAUCUCACAGCUUGUAUUGCUGAUUUCGGUCUAGCUUUAAAGUUUGAGGCUGGAAAGUCUGCAGGGGAUACACAUGGACAGGUUGGUACACGAAGGUAUAUGGCUCCUGAGGUACUAGAAGGUGCUAUAAACUUCCAAAGGGAUGCGUUUUUGAGAAUAGAUAUGUAUGCCAUGGGAUUAGUCCUCUGGGAAUUGGCAUCACGCUGUACUGCCUCGGAUGGCCCAGUAGAUGAGUACAUGUUGCCAUUUGAAGAAGAAAUUGGCCAGCAUCCCUCCCUUGAAGACAUGCAGGAAGUCGUAGUUCAUAAAAAGAAGAGGCCCGUUUUAAGAGAGUGUUGGCAAAAACAUUCUGGAAUGGCGAUGCUUUGUGAAACGAUAGAGGAGUGCUGGGAUCACGACGCAGAAGCCAGGUUGUCAGCGGGUUGCGUAGAAGAGCGGAUUAUUCAGAUGCAAAAACUAACUAACAUUAUAACAACAGAGGACAUCGUGACGGUGGUCACGAUGGUGACAAAUGUUGACUUUCCUCCCAAAGAAUCCAGUCUAUGAUAGUUGCACUGGUCACGUGACUGACCACCAGGACUCUUCACUGGAGCUGCUAAAGCUAAGGGGACUGCUUACGUCAUUACUGUUUUCUGUGUGAAAAGAAUGGUAAGUCUCUCUGGAACAUCAUCAAGAGGUGUUUUUCCUUUAUUUCCCCCUUCCUCCUCUGGAACGCGGAUCCACGAGACUUUUUGCAUUCCCUCCUUACACCUGAAGGACGUGGGACUGAGAAAGGGUAACGUGCUGUUAAGGAACUUAAAUGAAGAAUAUGGACCUGUACUGGCUAAUCAAGCGUUUUAAAAACUGACAUCAGAUUUCUUAAUACCUGUCAGAAGAGACUAAUUCCUUAAAUGAACUACUGUUAUUUUUUUUAAAUCAAACAUUUCAUUUCAGAUUUAAAAA